AUGGGCGAAAUAACUGUCGAAAUUGUCGACGAACGUUUCAAUAGAAACCCUUACAUCUUCCCGUGUAAGCGAGAAGAUGACAUCUAUCCCAUCUGGGGCCAGGUCUGCCGUGAGAUUCUCGCGAGAAUAGAUUUGACGGACAUACACUCCGUGGGCUGCCACCGUGUUGGCAAUGCAGAAGUACCCGACUCGUGCGUUCCCAGCAUCCUAGUGGCAGUCUCGUCAAAAAGCAACCGCAAUUGGAACGCCGUUCGAGAUGAGAUCGUGGGUAUUUUGAUGGAGGCUCAAGUGCACACUGUCGGCGUCAUCAUCCAAAGAGACGUGGCUCUGGUCCAUGCGGGAGACCGGGUUUCCCACAGCCUACUGCCGGAAGGUUGGUACACUGGGGGGGUUAUUGAACUCAAGAACCCAUCGACAGGAGAGUGGGUAGAGUUCGCCCUCACCUGCUACCAUUGCACGAUACCAAACGACAAGGAACUCGCGCGUUAUAGCGAGGAGGGUGUCCAAGUAUUUUCGGACUGGAACCGACAAGGCGUGCGCAUCAACGACGAGAACGCCUCUCGACUCCUAAUCAUGGACUCUCCAACCCAACGAGACAUGAGGGGAUUUCCAGUCUGGAGAAGCUUGUCUCAGACAUGCAAAACACAGGAAGUUAGCCGUGCAAUUGAGGAGGGCGAAUUUGUGAUUCCCCCGACAAUGGCCUUAUGGAAUAUGGAAAAAUAA